AUGUCAGAAAGAACAUCCUCAUUUUCCUCGUCUACUUCUUGUCCCAGUAUGAGCGGACCGGCUGCAUCUGACGCUACCCUCUCACCAAGUGUCAGGAGUCUAAGUCCGAUAUCACCUCUCCCCAGCGUACCUACUUUCUGCCUUACGCCGUAUCCUGAACGAACCGAAUUUCCAGAAUCCAUCAACAUGAGUAUGAGUGAUUCGCCUCUGAGCUCGCCAAAGGCUCGUGAGAAUAGUUCGAACAAAGACAAAGAAUAUCCAUUUCAGGACGGGUCAAUCCCUCGAAUGGACGAUCAAUUGAAUAUCAAUGAUGACGAAGGAGAGCGGGCCAAACCUAAGACUGGAGAAUCAUCAUCAUCAUCAUCGUCAUCAUGCAUCUUACCAAGUUCAGUCAAACCACCUACCCCUCGUCGUCGCGUGACAUCACCAUCAUUCCUUAUCCCUCCUUCACUGAAAAUGUCAUCCCUAACUUCGACUAUACCCUCUCCCACGAAUCCACCGCCCUUAUCGCCCCAUGGACGGGCUAAGGCGCCUUUCGUCAGACCUAGGGUAGGUAGAUCAGCAACUAUCUCCAGCAACUCUAUUAUACCCCCUAUAGCUAUGGAAGAGGGGAAAUCAUUAGGCGAGGAUAAAAUUGAGGUAAGGAAGAAACCUGAACCGUUAAUUUUGCAGCAACCUAUCUCCUCUGUAGGUAAUAUAAGUGGAUCAGGAUUGACACGAACGAAAUCCAGUUCCAUAUUAAAUCUCUUAUCAAGGCCUCAAACUCCCAUUCCAUCAGAUUAUGAACAUGAACAUGAAAAUGACCAGGACCGUGGUGGUGAUGAGCCCAAAGUGGAUUCAGCAAAAUCCAACACUCAAACCGCCAAACCGCUCACAUCCCGUCGAAUAGGAAUAGAUAAACACGAUGACAUGAUAAACCAGGAUAGAUGGUAUAGUGAACAAGAUUUGAGAUUAGAUAUGGAAGAACCAAGAUUAGGUAGGGAUCUGAGUCCAGGUUGGGGUGAAUUCGAUUUCGAGUCCGAUUCGGGUACGAUCAGUACUUCAAUAUGA